CAUGAUGUUUCGCGACCAGACCGUCGGGCUCUCACCACGAUUUUGGUGUGUGGCCUCGAUGGUGGAGCGCGCAGUUUUCCUCGAUGGUGGAACGCGCGUGGUGUGUGGCCUCGAUGGUGGAACGCGCGAGGACAAGUUCGCUGUUAGCCGCCUCUACUAAAACUAGUAAGCGUGGUCAAGAAUUAGCUCAUGAAUAGCUCGAGCUGCACUCUUAAAGUUCUGGAACGCCGCCCCGCAGCCAAGCCAAGCCAAGACCUUUCUGAUUCUGAUUCUGAAGCGACAAGUAUUAACAUUUUCGGAACAUGAUCAGUUGUUUGAGCCGCGGCAUCGGUAGCAGGGAACAACAGAACAUCAAAAUGACUCUCUCUACGCUCGCGUCUCCCCGUCGCCACUGGCGGGUACUAUUUUUAAGGCAGCGUCGCCAUUUUUUCCGGCUCCGGUCCUGCUUAGCGGUUUUCCUCCAUCUCUUCCUCGUUUCCGCUAUCCGCAUGCCAGAUUUCCAGCAGAAGGAUGAUUGCGACAUCCGGGUGGGCGCGGGUGUGAAAGAUCUCGGUCCCAUCGGCCCUUACAUCGAUAUUGGAUUUUUCACAGAUUACAAACUCCAAGCUUGGAUGUACUACUUCCACAAUGUCACCACGAUUAGUUUCCUCUGGCUCAACACCAUCGCUUUCGCGAACAAGGAGUACAUCCUGCAGGUGUGCCCGGAGGCGUACAUGCUCGCGAUGAUUCUCCGCUCGGAGGAGCGAUUGCCAUUUCAAGAAGCAACGGACUCCGUUUUGGAUUUGUCUUUCCUCUUCAUGUCGUUGUUGAAUGUUGCUGCGAGGAUGGAUAACAACGAAAUGGAAAGGCAAAAACUACCACCUUUGAUAAAUUUUGAGCAAACGACAUGGCCGGUGCAGGUCGGCCUGGAAAGACUGCAGAAGAUGAAUGCCGACUACCGACUGAUGAAGACCCAAGUCCCGACUGUCGGGUUGGUUUUACCGUACUGCCAGGAGGAUUUAUCCGCUUUGCUCUCCAGCAUGGUGGGAGGGGACAUCGCCGUGGCGCCGCAGUACAGGAAGAAGAAGGAUGAUGUGGAGAAUUUUAGUACAUCAUCAGCCGCUACUUCAACAUCUUCGGUAACCGGCUCGACGUCACAUGGUAGUUUUCCAGAAAACAAACCGGGCAUUCCAACUGGUCAUAUCACACUCUACCUGUACAAGCCAUUUCAGGAAGAAGAUUCAUCUGCUGCUGCAGUAAAUAAAACAGGCGAGGGCGGGUUAGCGUCUGGCUCAGGAGAUGAAACAUCAUCCUCCUUGUCUAGAAGAGACCACAAUGGCGCGGGUCGCUACUUGGUGGAAAAAACCGCGCGGUGGCACUGCGGGAAACGAGAGCAUACGAAGCCAGACCUGCACGUUUUGGAAAAGUACUUCCGGAAAGUCGUCAUAGUGAAUGACGUCGUCAGCAAGCCCAGCGAGUGGGAAGUGAAGCGAUAUUUCGAGCAUGUUUUUCGAAAUUACGACCAUCUCGACGACUACACAAUUUUCGCCCACCCGGACUUACUUGAGCACGUGCACUUUCGCGCACUGCGAAACGUGUUGCAGGCACUGUUUUUGGGAAACUUCGGAGAAAAUAAAAUGGCCGCGGGACCAGAAACACCAACAAGUGGUGUCGACGUCGGAUUAACAGACGUUUCUACGAAAAUGAUUUGGGAAACCGACUACGCAAAGACGAUCCAGGACAACGCAGUUUCCAUCUUCGACGGUGCGAACUUGCCGACGUCAAAUUGGAACGACUUUCUCACGCUGUCUCACCACUAUCUGCAUAACUACGAGAGGGUCAGCGCUAACAGGGUCAGUGAUUGUGUCAAAGACGACACAGAAAUAAGUGCACACAUGACCGCCAGGGAAGAGUAUGAGGGGUUGCUGAGAAAUCUCGGGUUCGACUUGGGGAAGUUAAAUCCUCUAGUGAAGCAGCUGAAUCAAAAACUUUUCCAAACUUACGACCAGCCAUCUGAGUUCAUCCAUGUGCACACCGCGACGAAUGUGAACAGUAUCGACGAAAACAAAGACAAAGGCUCGACAACAACAGCGGCCGGAGUGGAUCCGGCAAAUGUAUCUUCAACAGGACCGCGAGACGUGGUCCCGCUUUCCUUUUACUGCUGCAGCCAAUUUGUCGUGAGCAAAACCAGAUUACGGAGGUACCCCAAACGGUGGUACGAAGAGAUAGCUCGGUCCGUGACGAUAAAGUGGAAUCAUUGCUUGACCAGCUAUAUGGAAAUCAUUUGGCCGUUACUUUUCGGCACACCUAAAGAUUACUUGAAGCGGCAAGACAGGACAGAACUCCCUUUGUAUUUGCGAGUUGAUAACUUCAAUGAACAGAAUACGCAGGCUGCGGUGUAGCGGUUUGUUUGCACGAUGCUCAGAUGUAGCUGAGGCACAAAUCUAGUGACAUUGCUGAAGGAAAAGACGCAAAAAGUAUAGUGCGGCAUUUUGCCGCUAGCAGCAAAGAUUUCGCGACUUACAUUUGAGUUUUUGUUUGCCUC